GCGAAGGAUCAAAGGGGAAAAAAAUUACAGCGCGGAGCAAAGCACACGCAUCCAUCUUUGCCCCCACGUCUCCCGUCGCAGUCGCCUCCUCUUCCCCCGCGGUCUCAAACCCGCGCACACGCGCCGCUCACCGCCGCGAGCGGAGACCAGGAGGCACAGAACCGAGAACCCGCAGCUUCGCGUCGGCGCGGGGCGAGGACCGAGCAAUCCGGAUCCCUCACGGCCCGUGCGAUCUCCGGCGGCCGCACGACGAAUCCCCUCUAGCCGCGUCGCCGGGGUAAGUUUGCGGGUGUCGAUCUAGCGGCAGUUUUUGUUCUGCGGCAGGGGUUGAGAUGGAUGACUUGCUGGACACGGAGAUCGGGAAGAACGACUACGACUGGCUUCUGACUCCCCCUGGAACACCCCGUGUUCCUGCAUUAGAUGCUGCUGAGAAGGUCCCAUCCUCAACCGUGACUAAACACAAUGUUACCAGAUCAUCCUCAACAACUAGAGCAUCAAGGCUUGCCACUUCUGAACCAGAGAAUGGGCAUUCCACAUUUCCCACUAGACCAGCACGAAGUAACUCUGUCUCCCGCCCUUCAAUUCAAUCUACUCUCAUGUCCAGCAACAGCAGGUCCAGUGCAAGCAUUUCCUCUGUCAGUUCAAGACCUACAACCCCGAGCAAGCGGACUGCCACUCUUACUGUAUCAAAGCCAUCAGUUCCAUCUUCACGUCCAGUGCCAACACGGUCCUCUACACCAGUCAAAACCUGUCCGUCUACACCAGUCAAAACCCGUCCGUCUACUCCAGUGAAAAAUCGUCCUUCUUUGUCCAGCUCUAUGGCCAACUCAGCUGCUCCCAAGACCACAUCUACACAAAGCUCAAGAUCAUCGACUCCAACCUCUCGGUCUCGAAUCAUGUCCAGUUCAUCUUCAAAUACAACUAGUGCAGUGAGCCGUCCUAGCUCAUCCUCUGGUAAAAUUUCUGCAGUAAGUCGUACAACCUCUUCGUCAAGUACAAUUCCUUCAACGAGCCGUCCUAGCUCUCGGUCAUCCACACCUACUCGUCAGCCUGCCAUGCGUUCGUCAGCACCAUCUGUUGGUCGCUCACCUUCUGUUGGACGGAUUUCUGGCAGGAAUAACUUGGCAUCUAAUGGCAGACCCUUAGCCAGUAGUGGUCGGAAUUCAGCACCUUCGUCAGCGCCAUCAUCCCGCCCAAGUUCCCCAAAUACACGGCCACGAGCUCCAGUUCGCCCACUAGAUAUUCCAGAUUUCCCAAGUGAGACUCCACCAAACUUACGGACUAAGCUGCCAGAACGACCACACUCUGCUGGUAGAGUACGACCAGGAAUGUCUGCGGGGGUCAGGUCAACCCCGAAUGCUGAACAAGUUUCCUCAGCUCCUGUAAAAAAGAUGUCCGUGCCUGCUAUCACUAGAAGUAAGUUCUCUGAUAUGCCAUCAAAGGCAUCUUCUCUUACCAAUGGACACCAAAAUAGGCAGAGCGGGAGAUCUGUUUUGGAGGGCCAACCUGCUAGAAGCUCGCGGUCUGUCACAACCGCAGACAAUGGAUUCGGUAGGACAAUAUCGAGGAAGUCACUCGACAUGGCAGUCAGGCACAUGGACAUUCGUCAAAAUUUGGGUGGUAUCCGUGGUGCAUCUCUAUUUCCCCAUAGCAUUCGCUCUACAACUGCCAAGGGCCGACCAGCUAGAGUGUCAAACCCAGGCCAUUCCAUCUCAAAUGGUGACCGACACUACACAGAUAAUGGCAGCAGCAACGGGCACUUCUCUGGAGAUUCUAGCGGUGCUCUUUCACAAAAUAGUGGGAGCUCAAUCGGUUCUUCAGAUAGGGAAAGCAUUGGAACUAAAGAGGUUCUGAGUGAACUGGAUAUAUAUGCCAAUUCACGAUAUGAGGCGAUGCUGCUGAGGGAGGACACAAAGAACACGAACUGGUUGCACAGUGUGGAUGACAAGUCCGACCAGAGCCCAGUGUUCGAUCACAGGUUCGAGCCGCUCCCUGAGCCAUUUGGUCCGCUAUGAACUGCUUACUGGCCGUAAAGAUUUCGUUCAUUGCUCUGUUCUGCCCUAGUUAUUUGCAAGCUGUAUGCUGUUAUCUGUUUCUGUUUGGUCUCCCACUUCCCCCAUCUUUUCAUAGACCUGCUAAAACAGAAAGAUCGUGGGGUUUGCACCUUGUACUCCUUAAUUAGCUUGAGUCUCGAUUUUGAGUGAUUUUGUGCUGAAUAUCCAAUGUACGGCAACACUAUGUACUCCAUUACAACCUUAACUAUCAUCAUGAUGACGUUUUAAAGUUUCAA